UAUCGAUAAUUCACGCCAUCCUAUCCUGAAUUCGGUUUCUAUUCCUUCCGCAUCGAAACAAGCUUUUGUUUCACCAGUUUUGGAAUGGCAAUCACACACAUAGUUCUCUUCGCGUGGAAAGACACGGCGACACAGGAGCAGGUCGAUGAGGCAUGCAAACGCAUGAUGUCUCUUUCCGAAAGAUGUAUUCAUCCAACCUCCAAAGCCCCAUAUAUCAAAUCCUUUCAGGGUGGCAAGAAUAACAGCCCCGAAGGCCAUGCCGCCCCCCAUACACACGGGUUUGUUGUCGAAUUCGAGAAUGAGGAAGACCGAGAUUACUACCUGAAUAAAGAUCCGGAGCAUUUGGCGUUCGUCGAAUUCGCGGGUGAUUUCAUCGGUGGCGUAAAAGUCCUGGAUUUUGAACCGGGAAAGUUCUGAUGCAAGAAUGGGGAUUGCCGAACAGAUGCGUCUAUGCCGAGGUACAACGCCAAUAAUGCUAU